UUCAUUUUCUCCCAUGUUUUUCUUCACUUUUCAAGAACAUUUCUUCAUAAAAAAUCAAUCUUUAUGAAUCUUUGAUGAUCAAAAUAUCUUUUUUUUUCUUAAUUUGUUGAUUUUAUUACAAAUAAUUUCUGGGUUUUUCUCAAAAAUGGGUAAUGGAGUAAGAAAACUGAAUCUUUGUUUUGCUGGAGAUGUUGGUGAAAUAUCAAAAAGGCAUAAUGAUAUCAACUUCACUGAUCCACUUGAUGAAGGUUUGGGUCAUUCUUUCUGCUAUAUCCGACCCGACCCGUAUUCAAAACCCCACCCGUUUUCCGAUGAUUCGUCUUCUUCUUCAACCACCACCACUAUUUCCAGUGUCACCAGCAGCACCACCACGACGGCAGCGUUUCGUACAAUCUCCGGCGCCUCCAUAUCGGCGAACACCUUCACCCCUUUGUCAACGGCCCUGGUUGACUUUUCUGCUCAUGUAGAUAAAGCUUCAGCUUUUGAGAGCUCUCAGUUUUUCUCUUCUAUUCCUCUUCAGCCAAUUCCGAGGGGUUCAUUUCAUUCCGGCCCGAUCCCGGCCCGUGUAUCCAAUACAGGCUCAGUCUUGGUUUCGGGCCCUGUUGAGAGGGGAUUCAUGUCGGGCCCGAUUGAAAGGAGCUUCACUUCGGGCCCGUUGGAGAAUCAGUAUGAUCAUAUACAAAGGUACAAACCAAAAUCCAAGAAAUGGGGUGUGAUUAGAAGUUUAAAGAAAGUGUUUUCAAGCGCUUUUUUGAAAGAAGUGAAAUUGGCUGAAAAGAAUAUUAAUAAUAAUAAUAAUAAUAAUGAAGUUAAUGUUACAGAUAGUAAUAUUGGAAAUGCUUUGAGUAGUCAAAAUAGUUUGGUUGAUGAUGAUGAGGGAAAUGACUCAUUUAGAGGCCAAAAUGUUCAAUGGGCACAAGGAAAAGCAGGGGAAGACAGAGUACAUGUUGUGAUUUCUGAGGAACAUGGAUGGGUUUUUGUUGGGAUUUAUGAUGGAUUUAAUGGUCCUGAUGCUACUGAUUUUCUGUUGAGUAAUCUUUAUUCAAAUGUCUAUAAAGAACUCAAAGGAUUGUUAUGGAAUGAUAAGUCAGAAACUCCUAAGAACUCGACGAGCAACGAGAUAGUUCCAUUGAGAAACUCGGGUUCUAGCAAGGUGGAACAUUUUGUUUCAAAUCAAGAAUUUGAUGGGGUUUCUGUUGUUGAUCAUUCUGAUGUCUUGAAGGCUUUAUCUGAAGGGUUAAGGAAGACCGAGGCGUCGUAUUUGGAGAUUGCUGAUAUGAUGGUGAAUGAGAAUCCUGAAUUGGCCUUAAUGGGAUCUUGUGUUUUAGUGAUGUUGCUUAAGGAUCAAGAUGUCUAUUUGUUAAAUGUUGGCGAUAGCCGAGCUGUUUUAGCUCAAAAUCUUGAAUCUGAUCUUUCUGGUAGCAAGUUUAAAAGGAUAAAUGAGCAGAGUGUAAACAGCAUUGAUGCACUCUAUAGAGCUGAAUCCGAUCGCAAACAUAAUCUUGUUGCUUCCCAACUUACUAUGGAUCAUAGCACAUCUAUCAAAGAGGAAGUUGUUAAGAUUAGAAGUGAGCAUCCGGAUGAUGCUUUCGCGAUUAAAAAUGAUAGAGUGAAAGGUUCCUUGAAGGUUACUCGAGCUUUCGGAGCAGGAUAUCUCAAACAGGCCAAAUGGAACAAUGCACUUCUAGAGAUGUUCAGAAUUGACUACAUUGGAAAUUCACCUUACAUCAACUGUUUGCCAUCACUUUACCACCACACACUUGGUUCAAGAGACAAAUUCUUGAUCUUAUCAUCCGAUGGGCUCUACCAAUACUUUACCAAUGAAGAAGCAGUCUCGGAAGUUGAGACCUUUAUGUCUAUAUUCCCCGAGGGAGAUCCUGCACAGCAUCUCGUUGAAGAAGUGUUAUUCAGAGCUGCUAAGAAAGCUGGCUUAAACUUUCAUGAGUUGCUCGACAUACCUCAAGGUGAUCGUAGGAAGUACCAUGAUGAUGUUUCAAUUAUCAUUUUGUCCUUCGAAGGAAGGAUAUGGAAAUCAUCGAUGUAAAUCUCAGCUAGAUCCAGGAAUUUUGGAAGUUUACCCUCAAGACCAAAAAAAAGUACAUAGAAAAAAUCGAGCUAAUUUUGCUGUUAGCCCUUGUUUACCCGAUUUUAGCAGUAGUGUUUAUAGUAUACAAGUUUAGGCUGCUCGAUAGAAAAAUAGUGCGCGAGGCUGUGGUUUCUUGAUCCAGAGACUGUAAAGUUACCAAUAAA